AUGGUUUGUCCGUGAAGCAGCAUCGAGAUCAUGUAGAGAGAGGUGGAAGAAGAAAACAGAAAGCCAAAGCGUAGGUCUACAAAACAGUGCAGGAGAAGAAGAAGAGGAGGAGAAGUCGGAAUAGAAGAGGACUUGUAUCUUUUUUUAUCCUCCUGAUCUUCCUCCCUUUCUCCCAAAUAUCACCGACAGUGGAGAGGUUUGAAUGAUAUGGCGAAGAUGGAGGAAGUGUGGCUUUGAGAAAGGCAAAACAAAAAACACUCGAGUGCUUCCUUGUUUCUAACCAUUUCAUCAGGGAAAAGAAGCAGUGGUGAACAAAGAGGGGCUAAAGAUGUAUGGAGAUUGCCAAGUGCUGUCAUCCAUGGUGAGUGGUAAUGUUGCGUCACCCGAUUCACUCUUCGCCUCUCCGAUCCAAAACCCUAACCUCGGCUUCCUGGCCAACAUGCCCCCUUUCAACGCUUUCUCCUCUAUCAUUCCGAAGGAGGAGGGGCUGAUGUUGAUUGGGAGGGGAGUGAGCAAAGAAGAGGAGAUGGAGAGUGGGUCUGGUAGCGGACCCUUGGACGGAGUGCUUAGCUGCGGCGAGGAACAUGAUAACGAGUUGCAACAACAACCACCAUCGCAGCAGCAGCAACAGCCGGUUGCCAAGAGGAAGCGCUACCACCGCCACACCACCCGACAGAUUCAAGAAAUGGAAGCGUUGUUUAAGGAAUGUCCGCACCCGGACGAGAAGCAGAGGAUGAAGCUAAGCCAAGAACUCAGCCUCAAACCUCGGCAGGUCAAGUUCUGGUUCCAGAACCGCCGGACCCAGAUGAAGGCGCAACAAGACCGGGCGGACAACGUGGUACUGCGAGCCGAGAACGAGAGCCUGAAGAACGAGAACUUCCGGCUGCAGGCUGCGAUUCAGAACGUCGUCUGCCCCAACUGCGGCGGCCCGGCGAUCCUCGGCGAGAUGUCUUUCGACGAGCAGCAACUGCGCAUCGAAAACGCCCGACUCAAGGACGAGCUCGAACGUCUAUCCUGCAUCGCAUCCCGCUAUAGUGGCCGGCAACAGCAGCCAUUAGGUCCCGCACCGCCUAUACUGCUCCCCUCGCUGGAUCUCGACAUGGGCAUCUACUCGAGGCACUUCAAGGAGCCGCCAGUGGUGAGUUGCAAUGACAUAAUCCCCGUUCCACAGAUCUCCGACCAAGCCUCUCCCUUCUCUGGCAUGCUCAUCCUGGACCAAGAUAAGCCGUUGGUUCUGGACCUAGCAAUCACGGCGGCUGAUCACUUAGUCAGGAUGUGCCGCACGAACGGGCCACUAUGGAUUAGAAGAGAUUGUCGCACCACGGAGGUCUUGGAUUUGGAAGAGCAUGCAAAAAACUUCUCCUGGCCGAUGGACUUGAAACAGCAGCACGGAGAGGUUAGGACCGAGGCUUCCAGGGACAGCGCCAUGGUCAUUAUGAACAGCAUUACGUUGGUCGAUGCCUUCCUGGAUGCCGACAAAUGGAUGGGGCUGUUUCCUUCCGUCGUCUCCAAGGCUACAACAGUUCAGGUGUUGAGUCCAGGAGUCGCUGGUCAUGGCAAUGGCUGCUUGCAUCUGUUGCACGCAGAGCUUCAAUUUCUGUCUCCUCUGGUGCCUGCGCGUGAGGCUCAUUUCUUCCGGUACCUCCAACACAAUUCAGAAGAAGGUACUUGGAUCAUUGUUGAUUUCCCUGUCGAUGGCUGCGUCGAUGGCCUUCAAACGUCCCUCCCCUGGUAUAGACGGAGGACCUCUGGUUGUGUCAUCCAAGAUAUGCCCAAUGGGUAUUCCAAGGUGAUGUGGGUAGAACAUGCAGAGGUGGAGGAUAAACCAGUGCAUCAGAUAUUUGAUCAAUUUGUCAGCACCGGCGUGGCGUUUGGAGCAACACGCUGGGUUUCAACCCUGCAAAGGCAAUGUGAGCGGCUUGCAAGCCUUCUGGCCAGAAAUAUUGCCGACCUUGGAGUGAUCCCCACCCCGGAGGCAAGAAAGAAUAUGAUGAAGCUGUCACAGAGAAUGAUGAGAACGUUCUGCGCCAGCGUACACGCCUCCGGAAUGCAAUCUUGGACAGCUCUUUCUGAAUCAUCCGAUGACACAAUCAGGGUGACAACCAGGAAAAAUACUGAACCUGGCCAGCCAAAUGGUGUUAUUCUCACUGCUGUCUCGACAACAUGGCUUCCUUUCUCUCAUCAACAGGUGUUCGAGCUUUUGACGGACGAGCAAAGGAGGUCUCAGUUGGAUGUUCUCUCAAGCGGUAACUCCUUACAUGAGGUGGCUCAUAUCGCCAAUGGUUCGCACCCAAGGAACUGCGUCUCGCUUCUGCGUGUUAAUGCGGCAAGCAACUCCUCCCACAGUGUGGAGCUCCUGCUUCAAGAAAGCAGCACUCACCCCUCCGGCGGCAGCAUCGUCGUGUACGCUACCAUCGACGUCGACGCCGUCCAGGUGGCGAUGAGCGGCGAGGACCCGUCUUAUAUUCCCCUCCUCCCAACUGGCUUCGUCAUCUCGCCCGCUGCCCCACCAAACGGCGUCAUCAGCAGCAGCGAUGGUUCGGCCAGUACCAUCGGAUGCCUGCUCACAAUCGGCAUGCAGGUUCUGGCUAGCGCAGUCCCAUCUGCCAAGCUCAACCUCUCCAGCGUCACCGCCAUCAACAACCACCUCCGCAACACCGUGCAACAGAUCAGCGCCGUGCUCGGCGGUGGCGCCGCGGCCCAGCCGGCUGCUAUGGCGCCGGAACAAUAGCCCUAAUAAGUAAGUGGCUGGAGUCACCUGAACCCUAACUAUUUUACUCGAUAUUACCAAAUUGCGCUUCGCUCCACUCUCAUCACACCAGAAUCAUCAUCAUUCUGGUGCGACAAGGGACUACUUGACGAAGCCCAACCAUUGACGCUUAUGCCCACGAUCUUUGAGGGCAUCCCACAUCAGUUCAGUGUACUUGGGACUUUGUCAAGUUUUCACUUGUUCAACCUGAGUGUAUGGUGGGGGGGGCCAUUUUGGUCGUAUCGGUGCUCAACAAUGGGAUCCAAGGUGAUGUCCAGGGAAAGUGGAGGUCGCACCAUGUGUAAUUAAGAACAAUGCAGUAGGAGGUUUAUUAGUUGAAAUAGCAGCAUUGUGUAGAAUGGAAAGCGAACAAGGAAAAGGGAAUGUAGGUUGUUGGAGGGAAGUCAAGAGCGCACCAGAUGUGACCCUCGCCCCAGCCGGCGAAGUCUCUCACGAGGUAGAAGAUGAUGAGGGUGUUGGUUCGGGAAUUGACUUCUUCUUUCUUAGUAGUUUGCUUGUACGUGCUGUGUAAUACUUGCUUGCUUCGGUUGGAGUCUGGUUGGUAAGGAUGGAUUCAAUGCAACAUGCUGGAACUAUUAUGAUUAUUUAUGUUGAGUAUUUAUUGCCCUGUUUCCCA